AUGGUGUCCUUGUCCAGCAUGGCCGUCUUCGGCCUCGCCCUUCUCUCACGGGUUUCUGCUACCAUCCUCCAGAAUGGCCAGGUGAGAGCCACCAGCUUCCCAGAUACUCGCAUUGAUCCGUCGGCCUAUUCCUUCAGGACGUAUCCGGCGAACGCCAGCGAGAUCUCUUACAAGGGCCGAUGGGACUCCAAAUAUGUCUCUUGGUGGUCUGGCCCAGGGAUCAAGUUCGGCUACACCGGACAGACGGUAGCCAUAUCGUUUGGCAACCUAACCAGCAAUGGAGUUCUGGUCGGCUACCGCAUCGGGGGUCUGGACUGGAUGUUUACCAACAUCACUGCGGGUGCCACUCACAUCCUUGUGAGCCCCGAUACGCCGGGCUCGAAUCUGACUGGACCGGUGAACCCGUGGACAUUCGAGCUGCGGGUGACCAAUUGGGCGUACGGCGUGCAGAUCGAUGCCGUGCAUGUGGCUGCCGGAGCAAGACUGAUCAGAAUCCCCGAUUACGACCGCCGGAUCGAGGUCAUUGGCGACAGCCUGGCUGCUGGCAUGUACACCUCGUACGAAGGAUUGUCGAGCUGGGCGUACGGUCUCGGUGCUGGACUGGGCAACACGGAGUAUUCGGUGACCGCUUACCCCGGAAUCUGCGCGGCCGACCAGGACUGCUGGGGAAACCCCCGUGGCCAAGUGCAUCAGUGGUUCUACACGUCGGAUACAAGCUACCGCGCCUCGGUGAUGUACGGUGAUGACCCAGAGCCCUGGGAUUUCAAGAAGCACCCGGCUGCUGACAUAGUCGUUAUCAACAUCGGCACCAAUGAUCAAAACAAAGAGAACAGCGUCACCACCGAGGCCUAUAUCGAUGCCUUGACCAAAAUCAUCCAGGGUGUCCACGGCAAAUACCCAAAAGCCCAUGUCAUCGUCAUGUCUCUGUGGCUGGGCUUCUAUCAGUCUGGCAACACAUACCUCCCCAAUGCGCCCCAAGGCUUUGUCAAGGAAAUCCAUCAGAUGGUCGAAUGGUUCAACUCGGAUGCCUACCUGCGCAACCCCAUAGUGUAUGAUGGCGUUACCAAGAUGAGGUCGAGAACGGGCAGAAAGACGAAGCCAUUCGUCCACUACUUCAAUACCACGGGCAUCUUGCAGCACAACGACAUUGCUCCGCAAUGGCACCCCACUGAUGUGGGCGCGAUCAAGGUUGCGAGCCAUCUUCAACAGUUCAUCCGGAUGACAUUUGGCUGGGAUUUCCAUGCUACGGGCCCAGAGGUCUUCCAUGAGACUCUGUACUGGAACGAUGAACCGAGUUACUGA